AUGGCAUCAGGAAAGAUGUUGCAAGAACAGCUGAAGGCACUCAGGAAUUGUGUAACCAAUAACCAAGUAGAAUUGGUGAAAAACUUGAAUGUGGACGUUCUUCUGUUGUCUUCUUUGCAAGAACAAUCUCUUCUGACACAAUAUCAAAUUGCUGUAAUAAAGGCAGAGAAAACCAGGUUUGACAAAGCUGAGAAAGUACUGGAAUUCAUUCAAACCAUAGGUCCAGAUUUUUUGGACAAGUUCAUAACAGCAUUAAGAGAAACAAGCCACGACUAUUUGGCUAACUUGCUUGAGACGUCAAAGAACUCUGCUCCACAGAUUCCAGUGAGCAUUCCAGGUGUUAAAAAGGAAACACCUUCUACAUUCCCAAUGACUGCUUCUUAUCCAAAGGUAGAGCAUCAUUAUAAUGCCACCACAAUAAAUGUUCAUCAUUAUGGAUCUGGAGAUUCACGUCAUGAUACCAUCAACCAGCAAGAACUGGCCAAAGAUCCCAUGCAGUCGGCACCUCCCCCAGGUGCAGUUAAAAGAGAGCCAGGUGGGCUGGUUGGAUCUCCUGCUGCGAAGUUUCCACAGCGGGAUUCAAGAGAGGAAAUGGAAACUGGGUGCAUUGGACAGGCAAAUGAAACCGAUCUAAAAAGAUUACCGUCAGACUUGAAGUCAACCAGCUUCUCUGGCCAGAUGGAAAUGGAAACAACGGAUAGUAGUGGAACAGACUUCAUCUCCCAAAUAACAGGUGUAUUAGAGAAAGAAAAGGCAGGAAACAGGCAAAUGUCUUCAGUUUCUGCACCAGACAUUGAGAGAAAGCCAAAACCAAAAUUCAACCAAGCUAUCAAUGCUUAUGAAUUCAGUGAGAAGGACUUGGAAUUGGUCACUAACUGUUUUUCUGAAGUAAUUGCCUCUGAAGAAAAAUGUGGGUUUGGUGUAGUGCAUAGGGGUGUUUUAAACCUUGAGCAAAUACAUGGGUUGAAAGUUGCAGUUAAGAGACUUGCUGAUAACAAUGAUAAUCAAGGAACACUGGAAUUUGACAGGGAGAAGGAUUGGGCUAAGACAAAGUAUGUUUAUCUUCUGACUGCUCUUGGAAUUUGUGAGCAAUUAGAAGGUAAAUACUCCAAAGCAGUGAUGACAGUAUACAUGAAAGGGGGAACUUUAAAAGAUCGACUUGAACAAUCGAAGAUAAGUGGUGAAAGUUUGGACUGGAAAACUCGCCUACGCAUGAGUGUCCAGUUGGCUGAUGCAGUGAAAUUUCUUCAGUCAGAUGACAAAAGCAAGUGCGCAGUUCAUAGAGACAUCAAAUCCUCAAACAUAUUCCUGGAUGAGCAUGAGAACAUCAGGCUUGGAGAUAUGGGAUUUGCAAAAAUGUAUAAUGUGAAGAGUGGAAGGGCCACUGUUACCAAAACUGUUCCUUUUGCUGCUGGCUAUACAGACCCAAAACUUCAUGAAGGGGUUGUAACAAACACUACUGACUGUUACGGUAUUGGAAUAGUGCUUGAGGAAUUGUUGACGGGUGUUCUUGCCUCUGAUCCUGACCCUGAGAAAGGUAGCUCAGUUUCUCUUCAUCUCUCCUGGAAUACUUCUGAUGAUGAAGAAAAGAUUUUGAUAGAGAAGGGGAUAGAGCAGGGAUGGCCCAGAGAAAUAAGCACAGAAUUCGCCAAACUAAUUAAGAUGUGCAAAAAGGGAAAACCUGUGAAAAGAAUCAAAAUUGAAGAACUGUAUGAUGCAUUGUUGAAACUUUACAAGGGAGGUGUUGAAGGUGCACCUGUAUAUGCAGGGACUGGUGGUAAACCCAUUCAGUCUGAGAAAUGCCUCUACUGUUUGGUACAUCAAGCAGCAAACAGUCAGCUCAGUUGUGGAUGCAAGUUCCUUUGUACUCACUGCAUAGUUGAACGCACCAAGGAGAACAAGAGCAUAUGGUGCAUGUUGCAUAUGGAAGAAGUUGAAUUUAAAAAACAAAACUUAUACUGUGAUGGAAAUUUUACCAAGCUCUUUGAUGCCAGUUACCCAGUGGUUUCACUUGUCAAGUUGAUCAAUUCCAAGAUAGACAAGCAUUGGAAAUCAGUUGGCCUGAUAAAAGUCAUAGAUAGAUGUGGUGAAGACCGUGCCGUUGCCACAGGCUUCAAAAUAGGUGGAAAUUAUUUGAUGACGAAUCGUCACAUUGUUUACAGUUUCGGAGAAGGUUGCCAAGGAGUCAAGGUAGAAUUUGGAUAUUUGCAACAAACUUCAAGAACAACAACAUAUAAAUUUGAAGAUAUGCCAUGGUACAGUGAAGUAUUGGAUGCAGCUUUGUUCUACAUUCGCAAUGCAGACAGCCAUGAUGUUGUACCAGAUCUCGACUGUGAUAUAGCAGAUGUGGAGCCAGGAAAAGAUGUCUGUAUUGUAGGACAUAAUAAAUGUGAUCCAUUAAGAUAUGACCCAGAUACAACAAUACUUAGCGAUUUAGAUGUUCAAAAAGACAUGCAAACCUAUCCUUCAGGCAAUUUUGCAAAUGCACGUGAUAGCAAUCGACAGUCAAUGAAGUCAAGUUUUAUGCAUGGGGCAUCUGGGUCGCCUUGCUUUGAUGAAUAUGGUAACCUUGCCCUUAUGUAUACUAAAGGUUAUCCUGAGAACUAUAAAGAGCUGGGUAUGGCACAAACUGUAUUUGAACAGGGUGUUAGAAUGAGAUGCAUAUAUGAAGAGUUAAAGAAAGAAAAGCCAGAGCUGGUGUCAGAUCUGUUCCCAAAUGUCCGCAUUAGACUUAACUAGAGUUGCUACAACUCUGUUUAAGAUUACAGAAAAGUCACUGAAGUGUUGCAUAUUUUUCUGUACAAAGCAACUUACCUUGAUAAUUAGGAAUCCUCUGAUAUUGGUAGGUGGAAUUGAAAUGAUAUAUUGUAAGAAUGAAAAGGUUGCAUCUGCAUUAUUAUUUGCAGCAAUGGAUGCCUUCUUGCUCUCUUAACUAUUGACAGUUUUGUGUUUAACAAGUUUUAUUGUAUAUAAUAUAUAAUAAUGUUAGAUGAGGAAAAUUUACAAACCUGUUAAAAUUUGUAAACGUGUUGUCGUCUGUAACACAUUGUUUUAGCUUGAGAUAAUAUUACACAAUUUAUUUUGAUAUUUUGCAGGAACUUUAUGUAUAUUGAAUGUCCUUGGGACCAUAAACUUGUUACUUGUACCAUCACA